AUGGCGGAGAUGGAAAGUCUCUCCGAUGUGAAGGAGUCAGAGACGGCCACCAUCCGGCUCUGUGGAGUCACUCAGUCUAGGAACUGCUGAUGGCGAUUAGGAGAAACUGCAUUUACAUCCUAUGAAAGAAUGAUUGUCAUCCGGAGAAAUGCAGAGAUGGUCCCGCUUAUCAUCACCCUACAUCGAAGAUGACCAUCGUCCAGAUGCCAACCAGUACAGGAGGGUGACCAGAGACUGCGGACACAGUACAGGAGAUGGUCAGAGACUGCGGACAGGAGAUGACCAGAGACUGCGGACACAGUACAGG